AUGCAACAACAAAUGCAGGAGAAGACCACCAGUGUAGCAGCAGCCUCAGAUGCAGUAAAUAUCAACAUACACAAAGGGAAAAACACGAUUCUCCGAUACAACACAACACACACCAAUCAAAUUACACUUGACGGAGAAGCUUUGGAGGAUGUAAAGACCUUUACAUAUCUGGGAAGCAUCAUUGAUGAGCACGGCGGAUCUGAUGCAGAUGUGAAGGCGCGAAUCGGCAAAGCAAGAGCAGCAUAUAUGCAACUGAAGCACAUCCGGAACUCAAAACAAAUGUCAACCAAACCUAAAGUCAACAUCUUCAAUACAAAUGUCAAGACAGUUCUACUUUAG